CAUUUGAUCGAGAAUGAAAGUUGAUAUGGAAAGUGAUUUAGUUGACUUUUGAAUGUGAUUAAGUACGCACGUUUUCAGAGAAACAUUUUCACUUUAUUAACAUUCAAUUUAAAUCUUACUUUAAUGUUUGCAGUUGAAUCAGUGGACAUUUUAAGGAUUUAUCACAAAGGAUGUUUAUUAAAAUUGCAGUUAUUGUGGUCUUAUUAGAGUUUCAAAUUUUAAAGAUUGGAGGAAUAACACAUUUUACGGAGAGCGCUCGACCUUCUUCGCAUUGGAAUGGAACGUCUGAUACCGAAUCAAAUGCCGUCAAAGAACUUUUAUAUCGAUUAAUUCCUGACAGAGCAGCAGAAUUUAAUGUAACGGUGGACUACUCAUUUGAUAAUAAAGAUGCUUUCAUGAUUUGGACUGAAAAUGACAAGGUACAUAUAAUUGGAAAUAAAGGAUACAGUGCUGCUGCAGGAUUGUAUCACUAUUUAAAGGUUUACUGCGGAUGCCAUAUAUCAUGGUCAGGAAAUCAGCUGAAUAUUCCAGAUGUUUUGCCAAAACUUGAUGACUCAUUAAAAAUUACAUUUCAUGACAAAUAUAGAUAUUACCAAAAUGUAUGCACUUCCAGUUAUUCCUUUGUUUGGUGGGAUUGGAAAAGAUGGGAAAAAGAAAUAGACUGGAUGGCGUUGAAUGGCAUGAAUUUAGCACUUGCUUUUACAGCUCAAGAAGCUAUAUAUUAUCAAGUUUUCAAGGGAAUGAAUUUCACAGAUCAUGAUAUAGAAGUAUUUUUUACUGGUCCAGCGUUUUUAGCUUGGAAUCGUAUGGGGAACAUGCAAGCAUGGGUUGGACCUUUAUCAGAAAAUUGGCACAAGAAUCAAAUCAGUCUUCAGCAUAAAAUUUUGAAAAGAAUGCGGUCAUUUGGUAUGACGCCAGUACUGCCAGCAUUUAGUGGACGAGUAAACCCAGCUUUCAAAAGAAAUUUUCCACAUGCUGAUACAACAGUUUUGAACAAAACUUGGGGUCACUUUCAGCCACCAUUUGGUUUUGUCACAUUCUUGGAACCAACAGAUCCUCUUUUUGAAGAAAUAGGAGUAGAUUUUUUGAACAAAUACAUCGAAGAGUUUGGGACAAAUCAUAUUUAUAGUGCAGAUUUAUUUAAUGAAAUGCCGCCUCCGUCAAAUGAUCCUUCAUACUUACAAUCCUGUGCAAAAGCAAUGUAUAAAAUGCUCACAGCAAUUGAUCCAGAGGCAAUAUGGUUGACACAAGGCUGGAUGUUUUACUCUGAUCCAGAAACAUGGCAAGAUCGACAAUCACGUGCAUUUUUACGAGCUAUUCCGCAGGGGAAAAUGAUAAUUUUAGAUUUGCAAUCAGAGCUGUAUCCCCAAUAUAACAGAUUAAAAUCUUACUAUGGCCAACCUUUUAUAUGGUGCAUGCUUCAUAAUUACGGAGGCGUUAAGGGGCUUUAUGGUUCUCUACAGAAUAUUAAUGAACUACCAUUUGAAGGUCGAACAUUUAAUGGAAGUACAAUGAUAGGAACUGGUCUUACUCCAGAAGGUAUUGAAACAAAUGAUAUUGUAUAUGAACUUAUGAAUGAAAUGGCAUGGCGAAUACAACCUGUUGAUUUAGACAAAUGGAUCGAAAAUUAUGCUUUAAGACGUUAUGGAGUGAAUUCUUCUGAAGUUGUAUUUGCAAUGCAGUAUCUAAAAAAAAGUGUAUAUAACGCAACAGUUCCGUAUAGAAACCAUGGGAAAUAUAUUUUGAUCCGGCGCCCAUCUUUAAAACUGAAACCCUAUAUCUGGUAUAAUCCUGUAGAUGUUUUUGAUGCCUGGAGUUUAUUUUUGAAUGCUUCUGAGAAUCAUAAAUUAAAGCAAUCAAAGCUGUUUCAGCAUGAUUUAGUUGAUCUGACACGCCAAUGCUUACAACUUUCAAUGACAACAAUGUACUCGAAAGUAGUUGCAUCUUUUAGAGAACGGAAGAUAGUAGAUUAUUUAAAGAACGCAAGAGCAGUGUUAAAUCUUUUUGAUGAAAUGGAAGAAAUUUUGGCGUCGAAUGAGCAUUUUUUACUGGGCCGAUGGCUGGAAAGUGCUAAAAAACUUGGAAUAACACCUCUGGAAAAAAUACAGUAUGAAUACAAUGCAAGGAAUCAAAUAACUUUAUGGGGACCAGCAGGAGAAUUAGUUGAUUAUGCUAACAAACAAUGGGCGGGACUUAUGUCGCAGUACUAUAAAAAACGAUGGAAACUAUUUUUGGAAACUUUGCUGAACUGUCUCAUAAAUGGAUGGCCAUUCAAUCAAACUGAUUUUAAUGAACAAGUUUAUCGUCAAAUUGAAUAUGAAUUUGAUCUAGGAACAGAAACUUAUCCUGUUCAACCAAGUGGUGAACCUGUUGAAAUUUCAAAGAAGUUGUUUCUCAAGUAUGAAAAUAUUUUGAGCAAUUUAUAAAGACCAUGUCAUCUCAAAGUCUCUGGAAUACCUCCUCAAAUUACAAAAAGAAAACUGCAAUGAUUCUUUUCUUGAAUAAAAUCAUAAUAACUUUG